AUGACCACUCCAACUCUCUCAAAUCCACCACCAAUCACCAUUGAAGAAUUAUUACAAGAUGAUUGCAUGAAGAAAGGAGCUUCCAUUGAUGGAUCUUCAGUUGGAUUUGCAUUGGUUAAUCAGAGUGAUCUUCGUUUGAGACCAGAUCCAAAAGCAAUCUUUGAAUUACCUCCAAUUUCAAUGAUUUCCAAUCCAAAUCCUGAAUCUGUCAAUUGUCCAAUGUUAAAAAAGCCAAUGAGAAGAAUUGUUGUCUUGUGCCACGUUGUUGGUAAAGAUUCUGGAGCUCAUUUUGAUUCUGAUUGUAGAUAUAUCUUGGAAAGAACUGUUGAAAAGUAUUUGACAGCAAAGAAUAGAAGAAUGACAUUCAAGAUUGAACCUGAAUUCUACUUGUUAGAUAAGGAAACUAGAAAACCACUCGAUCAAUGUAAAUAUUCAACCAUGUAUCCAUUUGCUAAGGGACAAGCUUUCAUUAUGGACCUUUCUUUGGAAUGUAGACGAUUGAAUAUUCCAGUUCAAGUUUUGCAUCACGAAUGUGGAAUAGGUCAAUACGAAAUUGAAAUGAAUCAUGUUGAUUUGUUGAAACAAGCUGAUAAUUUGGUCAUGUUCAAGUCAUUGUCUCAUGUGAUUGCUGACAGACAUGGAUUGGAAAUUAAUUUCAUGCCAAAACCAUUCAGAGAUCAAGCUGGAAGUGGACAACAUAUUCACAUGAGAAUGUUCAAGCAAGACGAAACUGGAAAGGAAAUCAACGCCUUUGGUAACUUUGAAGGAGCUCAAGAUGAAUUGGGAGCUCAAGGAAAAUCCUACGUUGCCGGCAUUUUGAAACAUGUGAAGGGAAUUACAGCCAUUGCCAAUCCAACCAUCAAUUCCUAUAAGAGAUUGGUGAAUGGAUUUGAAGCUCCAACCAUUGCCUGUUGGGGAUACAAGAAUAGAACUGCCCUAUUGAGAGUUCCACUCUUUACCAGUGCCAAUGAUGCUGCAGUUGAGAUUCGUUCACCAGAUCUCCUCUCCAAUCCCUAUCUUUUAUUUAGUGUCUUAAUUGCUGCUGGUGUUCAAGGCAUGGAAGAUCAAUUGGAAGCACCACCUGCCAGAACAGACAAUGUCUUUGACUAUUCGGAUGAGGAAUUGAAGAAGGAAGGUCUCGAACUAUUACCUGAAAAUUUAUUGGAAGCCAUUAAGGAAUUUGAAAAGGAUCCACUCAUGAAGGAAGUUUUCCUGGAGCAUAAUUUCAACAUGUUCAAGAUGGCUAAGAGAGCAGAAUGGGAUAAAUAUGUGCAUCAUUGUGUGACUGAUUGGGAAUUUGAAAGGUAUUCGAAUUUCAUGUAA